AAUGACGCGGAGUUUCAAAAGCUCGAAAAUGAAUUAUUGUCUAUUUCUCAACAAAAUAUGACAGUAAUUCAUUAUUUCUCCAAAGUAAAAUCAAUUUGUGAUGAAAUAUCCAAAUUCGAUUCCUAAAAUGCAAUCACAGAAACCAAAAUGCAGAGAAUUGCUAUCCAUGCCUUAAGACUGGAAUACAGGGGUCUUAUCAUUACUGCCUAUGGUUGGGUCAAGAAGCCAACCUUAAAUGAGUUGAAAGGUUUACUUGCCAAUGAGGAAGCUCUAUGUCUAAAGUAUCUAUCAAAGAAGAAGAAAAAGCUCUCUUUACCAAAAAGAGAGGAUCUCAAGCCGAAAAUAGGAGACCAGCGAAUAAAUAAAAUAACUCAAAUGGUAAGUGGAGCCCAUGGUAGCAGAAUAAGUGGAAGAGCAACAAUUGAGAGGGAGUUGGCCAGAGUCAAGGAGCAAAUGGCCAAAACAAAUGAUGUCAAUGGUCUCCAGUCAACUAGAAAUGGUGAAACGAUGAAUGCUACAAUUGCGGUAAGAAAGGGCACCACACAAAAUUUUGUAGAUCCCUACCAGCAGAAGAUAAUGCUGCUACAUCCUCCAAAAAAAAUGAAUGAGACUGAUAAAGAUUGGGAUGUCUAGGUAUCAUUUGCAGUGCAAGAGCUCACAUUUUGCUACAUGCGAUAAGUACUAAACCUGUCAUCUAUAUUGAUAAUUGGAUUAUUGACUCUAGUUGUUCUAACCGUAUGACUGGAGACAAAGAAAAGCUAAUAAAUUUGACAGAGUACAAAGGCAUCCAAUUGGUAGUGACAGCUGAUAAUUUCAUAUUACCAAUUACUCACAUUGAUAAU